AGGCGAUAUCACGUCAGGUCAAUAAAAUAUGCACCGUUCUGGAGGCGAUGGCAGGAAAACAAAUAUUUUCCAAAACAUUAAACCAGUUAGCGAGGUCCCUUGCUUCGUUGAGACCUUCUCCAUGGGAUAAAGUAUGCCGACUACAGAGCUUUUGUCCAGUGGAAAACCAACAGGGUGUAUAUGUUAUAGACCAGAGGGGACAAGAUGCAGUGGUUGCACUUGGUAUUUACUUUUUAGAGUCAGGGCUUCAGUAUAAAGACAGACUAGUUCCCUACUUCCUGGAUGUAUUAAAAGGUUUACCGAAGGCUCAGUGGAUCAGUGCCCCUGAUGGCAUCAACAAGUAUAGACUUCCCCAGUCUGAAUGUUUCAGUUUUGCUCUCAGUACAAUACUCAGUGAUGUGGCAUUACAAGAUCCAGAAUCCAGAGAUAAGAUCAUUUCCACACAACUGGAGGUCAUGGAGUCUCUUUGUGCAAUGUGUGAAGGAAAGAAGGAAAUCCGCAAAGAUACCUUAUGUAGUUGCAUUGUGCCAAUCUUACUUGGAUUGUCUCGAGCUCUUGGUAGAUCUAGCGAUGAAAGAGAAUCUCUGAUAUCCCAGCUGUUUGCUCCUGAUAAGCCUGUACCCUGUCAAACAACAGCACAAGUGAAAGAUGAAGGCGGGAAAAGUUUCACCUCAUUCCGACCAAUUUUACCACGAACGUUGUCCACACACAUGAUCGGAACGCCUGACACACCUUCAACACCCUCUGGACUCUCAGACUACUUUGACACACACAGAGAAAGAACACCCUCGCCUAACUUGGCGUCUCCUGUGAAAACUCCAUCAGCUCCGGUCAAAAUAGAAAAUCCAGAUUUGAAACUGAUAUAUUUUGAUAGAUGGGGAUCAAGUUUUACAAAGAUUCGGCCAUGGGGAUUUGAAAUCAUUCCGGAACAGGAACAUUUAGUAUUUACAAGCAGUCAUUUAAGGAGGCUUUUUGAUACAGCCAAAAGAUUAUUGGACAAGACACUCUUGAAGAGACUGGAUGAUUUCCUUGAAGAUGCUCACUCAGAAAGUGAGAAUGGUUUGAUGUCUAAAUUUGUAUACCAGACAUUCAGUGAGGUACUUACUCUAGUGUUAGUCACAGCAUUAAGGGAUAUCAUGGAACAAGAGGAAGAGCUACCAGAUACGUUUAUGGAUGAGGUAGAAGGGUAUGUAAAGCAGAUGUGGGGAGCCAUUCAACAGGACUUAGAGAAGAGGCCGGCGCACAGCAGUAAGGACAUGAGAAAUCGUGUAGAUGUCAGCCCAUAUGAACUUCUUGUUUACAGCGGUGCUGCUUGUAUAGAUCUCAUGUUCUGGUCUGUGAGGGAGGAGUCAGAUGCGGAGAACUUGUGUUUGCAGCUUACAGAGAAAAUCUCAACAAAUACAGAAAAAAGGCUCCUUCUUUCUCAUGCUCCAAUACUUCUUGUUGGUUUAGAGUCUAUUGGUAAACUUGCAGUCAAGUUUCCAAACCUAGCUUCAUCGAUGGUAUCAUCACUGCGGGACUUUCUUGUGACACCAUCUCCAAUACUCAGCAAACUGAACAAGUAUGCCAACCCGAGCGCACGUGCAAACAUAACAAUCACUGUGACUGAUGAAACACGAAGCAGUCAAAGGAAGCCAGGACCUACUGAUAAAUUAACGAAGGCAUUACAGAAUGUUUUAGAUUGUGCAAUAAUGAAUAUAUGCAGGGCAUUAAAGGCGGGUUUAGCAGUAGAUCCACAAUGUGUUCAAGCAUUUCUGGCAUCCAUAUCCAACCGACUGUACCGGGCAGAAAUGAGUGAUAGGCCAAAAUUGAGUGCAGAGGAACGUUGGAGCCAGUUAAAAAUAGUAAUGAAGUUUAUACGUCCUGCGGGCUACAAGAUCAAACCUGAAGAUUUAGAAAGGGAGUCAACAUUGAUUUCUACCAACACGAUUCUGACGCUAGGACAUGUUGCGGUUUCUCUAAGGGACACGCCAAAGACAGUAGAAUCUGUACUACAGAUAUUUCAGCAACGGUUCUGUUCUCCACCGUCAGCUCUUGAUGUACUCAUUGUUGAUCAGCUCGGAUCUAUGAUCAUGGCAGGAUGCACAUGUAUAUAUCAGGAGGUGAUGGCAAUGUUUACACAGAUCAGCAUACUUAGCAGUAGUCCAUACACAAACUCUGAAAAGGAUGAAAAAGUGAAGGGUUACAGGCAAGUGUCAUCAGCUGUGAUCAAUGCAUUUGCCAACAUUGCCGCAAACAUCACAGGGGAGGAUAAUCAACAAGAUUUCCUUAUAAGGGUACUUGAACUGUUUGUUAACCUGGGACUGGAGGCAAAGAGAGUCAGUGAAAAACAUUCAGGACUCAUGAAGGCAUCAAGCAGUGCUGGAAAUCUUGGAGUUUUGAUUCCAGUGAUAGCAGUGUUGAUGAGAAGGAUGACGACCAUUAUUGAUCCCAAACAGAGAUUACAGAAGUUAUUCAGGGAUUUCUGGCAGUACUGUGUCGUGUUUAGGUUUGCCGAUGACACGGGUUUGUGGCCGCAUGAGUGGUACGAGGGUGUUUGUGAGAUUGCCAUCUCAUCCCCGCUUCUUAUCUCUGAAGGUCAUCUAAGAUCGGAGCUGUUGUUCAAUGUGGCAUUAAAGAAUGAUACUGUCUCACUGGCAGAGUUGAAUGACCUGAGAAGUAACAUAUGCUCCUGGUUGGGCAAUAACCCUGACGUCGACCAGUAUGUGAAGAACCUAACAUUCUCACAGUGUACAUAUCUACUGUCUGUCUUCAGGCUGGAAGUUUUAAGGGUGACACACUCUGAUGAUCCGAGAGCAUUCCAUGGACUGUUUCGUUACCUAGAGGACAAUGUUAUACACAAAGACAAAGCUGGUAUGUGGUUUUGUAUACAAGCAGUGGCAGAUAAAACUUUUGAGAAAUUCCUUGAUGUUGCAUCAGAAAGGGAGCGUACAGAUGAGCGUGAACAGGAACUAGAGAUGCAUGCACAGUUCUUGCUGGUCAAGUUCAACCAUGUUCACAGACGUAUCAAGAGAGUCGGUGACAAAUAUUUUACUGGACUUAUAGACAAGUUUCCACAUUUACUUUGGAGUGGAAAUGUUCUGAAGACAAUACUAGAUUUACUGCAGUUACUGUCCAAGUCUCUCGAAAUGGAUCCACAUCAACAUGCCCCAGACUUUCAAGUACCAGGAACAGAUUAUGUUCUCAGAGUGAAGGAUAACAUGGUUGACAGAGAGAGAACAGUCAAAGACUUUGCUACACAGAGCUCAAGAAUUCUACAGGAGGCCAUGAAAUGGGCACCUCAGACAACACGUUCCCAUCUAACAGAAUAUUUACUGGAAAUGGAGAACACCUCCCAGGGCCUCUUUCAGCAUAGUGGUCUUGCUCUGGCAACUGAAAGUGUGCUAAAUUAUGCUGGAUAUAACAGAAGUGCAGCUGCACUUGGGAGCUCUACUUUAGAGAGACGUCCAAAGUGUGUCACUACAGACAGUUCAAGUUUCAUGGCAAAUCUGAGUCUUCGAAGCAGGUUUAUGGGAGAGAUAUCUGGUAUGCGAAGUAUCUGCAGUGACGACGAGCUGGUAAAGUUACUCUGUGAUCGACUAGAAAAAGCCUGUCAGGAUACCGAUGUAGAGCAGUGUAAGCAAGCAAUGUUCAGAGUCAGCUCCCUGCUUAUCUGUAUGGAAGAUAUAAACAAAGUCUUGUUGCAUGCUCUAUGUUGGACUCCAGUGAAACAUUUCACCAAGAUGACAAUGAAAGCAGCUGUUGCAUGCUGGGAAUGGCUUCUUGCUGCCAAACCACGGUGGAGUGUCGAGUUUCUUUGUGAGAUGGCUGCAGCAUGGCAGUUAACAAUUGAUAAGAAAUUAGGGAUAUUCCGUAAUGAUAAACCACGUCCUGACCCACUCGCCAAGACAGAGGGACAGGUUCUCCAUCCAGAUGCCCCUUAUGUGGAUCCUCACAAUAUUUGGGUGAAGUUUUUACAAGAGCGUCUAGAAAUUGCUCGGUAUAGCAGCGUGAAUGAGGUGAACAUAUUUGUUACAUUGAUCAACAAGUCUUUGCUACUUGGUGUUGGCAGAAAUCCUUCAAUGAUAUCCAGACACCCAGCAGCCAUGGGAGCUAGACUGGGAUUAUUACAUAUGGGGCUAAACUUGCUACAAGGAAACAAUUUACCUAACAAUAUCAGUAAAGGAGUUCUCCGAGAGAGGGUCUACAAUACAGCACUUGACUUCUAUGCAGGCCCUGUGAUAUGUCCUACACAACGAGGGUCAGAUUUGAGGGAAGAUGUUAUGACAUGUGUCAAUUUCUGGCAAGCUGUACACAUGGACAAGAAAUAUCUCAACGUGAAUAUAUUUCCUCCGCCUGCAGAAGACAAAGUGAUGGACGACUUUUCUAGCAUUAACCAGAUGACGAUAUCUAGUAGUCAGUCCAAAAAAUGGCUUAUGUCCAUUAACAGUGGUGUAUCCACAUACUCUAAAAGAACUACAGUGGCAGUAGUACCAGAAGAUGGUUUGCUUCUAUUAAGCAGUAGGAAAGCUACACAGCAGAACAACACUUACCUGAAGGAUUAUAUCAGGAAGAGGAAUCUCUUACUCACGUUACUGGCUAGUACUAUAGAAUUGUUCACAACAUGGCAUAACCCGAUGGAGCUACCUGAACUAAAGGUAGCAGAAGAAGAGAAAGCUUUUAUUUGGAAUACUGGCAUCACAGAGAGACAGUGGCGGGAUUAUGCUAGACUUGCCUGGGAAAUAUCACCAGUCCUCGCAGUUUUCUUUCCUUCAAGGUUUCGUAGCUCAGAAGCUCUCAAAGUUGAAGUAACAAGACUAGUUCGGAACAAUCCGAUAGCUGUUAGUAACAUUCCCGAGGCUAUAAAAUUUGUAGUUACUCCAAGCAGUGUGGAGGUUGACGCAUCUGAGUUAAGCCAGAUAUUGACAUGGUGCCCUAUCUCGCCACUAGUAUGCCUGUCCUACUUUUCAAGACUGUUUCCACCCCACCCACUCACAGCACAGUGUGCAGUGAGACAGCUACGAGGAACACCUACGGAAGCAUUGUUGUUCUACAUUCCACAGUUGGUACAAGCUGUCAGAUAUGAUUCUAUGGGUUAUGUGACAGAUUUUAUCCGCUGGGCAGCAAAGAGUUCCCAGUUGUUGGCUCAUCAGUUACUGUGGAACAUGAAAACCAACAAGUUUCGAGAUGAAGAGGGACUAGAGAAAGAUGCUGAGAUUGGAGAGCAGUUGGAGACAUUGAUGCAAGAGAUCCAGGACCAGCUGUCUGGCUCGGCUCUAAAUUUCUACCAGAGAGAGUUCGACUUCUUUGGACAAAUCACUGAUAUUUCUAGGAUUAUCAAGCCAUUCCCUAAAGGUCCUGAGAGAAAGAAGGCAUGUUUAGAUGCUUUGAGUAAAAUCCAGUUACAACAAGGAUGUUAUCUGCCAUCCAAUCCUGAGGCCAUAGUGAAGGAGAUAGAUUAUAAAUCUGGAACACCCAUGCAAAGUGCUGCAAAAGCACCAUUUUUGGCCAGGUUCAAGGUGAAACCAUGUGGUAUACAUCAGUUAGAGGACCUGGGUUUGAGUAAUACAGAAGAUGAAGAGUAUAACAGGCAGCACUCCACGGCUAUGGUAUGGCAGGCAUGUAUCUUCAAGGUGGGGGAUGAUGUGAGACAGGACAUGCUAGCUCUACAAGUGAUCAGUCUAUUCAAGAACAUAUUUGAGCAGACAGGGCUAGAUCUAUAUCUUGCUCCUUACAGAGUUGUGGCUACGGCACCAGGGUGUGGUGUUAUAGAGUGUGUUCCGGACAGUAAGUCACGUGACCAGAUAGGGAAAGUUACAGAUAUCAGUUUAGAUCAGUAUUUUAUACAGAAGUAUGGUGAUCAGGAUUCUCCAACAUUCCAAGAUGCACGAAGAAAUUUCAUUAUGAGUAUGGCAGCUUACAGUUUGAUCAGUUUCCUCCUACAGAUAAAAGACAGACAUAAUGGAAAUAUCAUGAUAGACAGUGCUGGACACAUUAUUCAUAUAGAUUUUGGGUUCAUGUUUGAGAGUUCACCGGGAGGCAAUCUAGGCUGGGAACCAGACAUGAAGCUUACAGAUGAGAUGAUAAUGAUCAUGGGAGGAAAAAUGGAGGCGGAACCAUUCCAGUGGUUCAUGGAACUAUGUGUACAAGGAUACUUAGCUGUCAGACCAUAUCAAGAUGAUAUCAUAUGUCUGGUGUCUCUGAUGUUGGAUACCGGGCUGCCAUGUUUCCGUGGACAGACAAUCAAACAGUUACGUCAGAGAUUUACACCAGACUCCAACGAGAAGGAAGCAGCUAAAUACAUGACAGAAAUUGUGAGGAAGUGCUACCUAAGUUGGUGGGCCAAGUCGUAUGAUGCUAUACAAGCUGCCCAACAAGGGAUCUUUCAUUGAUUACUGUAUAAAUGGUCAAGUUAGCGACGUGGAAAUAUUAGCGUUUUUCACGAAAUGACAAAAUUCACUGAUAUUUCCUUCAGCGUGAAUAUCAGCCAACCAGCAUAACAAAUAUACCAUAACACUGGUAGUUAAUGGGAGAAUUUGAUUCUAACAAUGGUGUAAAAAACUGAUAAUAUUACAUGUAUGCACAUUGUAUACAUAGCAAAAUUAGUGCAUAUUAAGCAUUGACUAUUUGAACAAAAUCUUUUUAUUUCUGUCUCUAUCUGUACAUAUUUGUGCAAUUAAAGUACUAAACGUAAAUAUAAUAUGCCUUUUUAACAUCAUAUAAUGAUGUGCUGUUAUUGCGCCAGACAAAUUAGUGAUUCUUACGACGUGCUAUUGUUACGCAACUUGGAAAUUAGGAAUUCACUUAUAUUUCCGCAUGCCUUAUUCUGGAAUUCCAAUUUCGCUAACUUUUCGACCCACGGAAAUAUCCACUUAUACAGUUUACAGAAGGCAGUUGAUUCAUGGUGCAUGAUGAUUAUGAUCAUUAUGAUGAUGGCGAUGAUGAUGAUGAGGGUGAUGAUGAUGAAUUGUGAUAGACUUACUCUUCAGCCUGUAAACAUUUCAGUACUUAGUGCUUUGUCUGUGAUGUUGUACAUUAUAACAAAACUGUUUAAGAUGACCUUUUCAUUGAGGUAGUUUUGAUUGUCUUAACCUUUAGCCUGCUGACGCCAAGUGAUUUUGCCUUUGUGACCAGUGCAGACCAAGAUCAGCCUGCACGGAAGGCUGAUCAUGGUCUGCACUGUUCGCUAUUCAGUCAGUAAAUUGUAAGUUAACACCCCUUUGAAUCAUAAGUGGUACUGCACAAAUUGAAUGAAAGACCAGUCCAUUUAAGAAAUUUAGCAGGGUAAGGGUUAAAAACUGAAAGUAACAGCAAAACGUCAUUUAUCUUGAUGACAAAGAAUAUAUCCUGGAUUCCACAUAUGGCGAUGCAAAUCGUACUAUAAAUAAAUUGCAGCUAAUGUGUUAGGCAAUAUAACUGCCUUUCUGAAGAUUACAUGGCGUAAUGAAAAUGUUAACAUGUGAAAUAAUUCCAGAUAAUAUUGUACAGUAGUCUUGCAGAUCUGUUUUUUCAUAGACAAAUACCUGAGAAUGAGCAAAAGGGGCUGCACAUUUUAUUUGACAUCAUUAUAGAAAAUAUGUAAAUUUACAACUAAGGGAAGUUUCGUUAAAAUUUACAUUUCUGAAUUUUUCAGCUACCAAAAUGUCUUCAGACGUGUUUUUUGUCUCAUUAACUUUCAUUAUAAAAACUUGAUCGAAAUCCAAAUUUUUCAAAUUAGCCACACAAGAAAUCAAGCACACAACUGUGUAUUUACUGUUGGCUGAGUUGAAAAAUUAGGGUUAAACUUACUAAGAUUAGGCCUAAAAAGGAAAAAAAAAAAUUGGGGGGGGGGGGGGGGGGAUUUUUUUAUUAAGUGAGACUUUUCGGAAAUUAUUUUUGUGUCAAAAAAUGAAUACCUUUAGAGCAUCAGUAUGUUGAUUUCUAACAUCACUGAAUCUGUUUAAAGCAUAAAGAGUGCAGUUUUGCAAGUUUUUGUUAAAAAUUUGAAAAAAAAAUUCUCCAAGGCCAUAAAAACAUUUUGGGGCGGGCCAAAAAUUUAGGCUAGGUCACCGAAAUCAAACAAUUUUUUUUUACGUCUUAUUCAUUGUAAGGUAAAAUAAUGAACAUGCUGAACAGCCUUUUAAAAUUUGUUUUAGAUUGUCUUACCUAUCAUCUGCUGGUGUCAAAAACCCUCUGUGUUCAUUUUCGUAACUUUUCAUGAGAGACAAAUAACCUUUUAAUGGACAAAGAAAUUAAAGGCUCCAAACUAUUUCUUAGUAUGGUUGCUGUACAUGAAAUGAACCAGCUUUGACAUGGUGUACAUUUACUCAUGCAAAAUACCUCAAUUAUUUGAACUUUUUUUUUUGUUCAUUUGAAUGAAAUGAAUGCAUUAGGUUCAGAAUAGCAGAAUAUAACCACAGGUUAUUUUAACCUUUAGCCUGCUAAAUUUUUAAAAUGGACUGCUCAGUCAUUGAAUUUGGGCAGUACCAUUUACUAUUCAAAGGGGUGUUCAAUGAAAAUGUACUGGCUGAAUAGCGAACAGUGCCGACCUUGAUCAGCCUGCACAACAUAACCCUGGAAAGAGUAUCAUCUGCAAAGUAUCCUGGCAUCACUCUCUCAAAUGAUCUAACAUGGAAAAAUCACAUAGAAAAUAUCACCAAAAAAGCAGAAUCACUGGCCAGUAGCAGGCUAAAGGUUAAGUAAGUUUUAUGUUUAGAAAGAUGAAUCCAUUAUUUAUUUAAUUCACAGAGGCAAUUAUCAUUGUUUUAUUGUUGUUUUAUAAUGUAACACUAUGCUUUUCUGCUACAUGACCUAUUAAUAUUGUAAUUUAGCUUGUUAUCUUGUGUAAUGUAAAAUGCUGGUAUGUCAUUAGGAGAAUUACCGUAUAUUUCUUUAUUAAUAUCCCUGGGGGCUUUACAUUUUGUGAAAAGGCCUUACUGGUAAUGUAGUUUUUAGUGAAUAUGAACUUUAAAUCCAACUUGGAAUUAAUGAAUUUUACAAAAUUAAUAUAACAUGAUCAUGUUGUUGGUAUUCACUUACAACCUAAAAUAAUUUUUUUCUGAAAAAAAUUAUUAGAAGUUUUCGGUCAUUCAUUAGGUUGGAGGGAAUUAAUAAGGGUAUAUAUGGUAUAAUGUAUUUUAAUGGGUCUUGUGCAAUACUAGGUGACUACAUACAGUAGUACAGGCUCUUGAGUUAUGUAUAAUCCAGACAUAUGUCACCUGACCUCAGUUCUCUUCUGAUAUUAAUUAUUCGCCAUCUGAACAUUUUUGGACACCAUCUUUGAUGUAUUUGUGGGAGCUCUUUUUAUUUAGAGAUGACAGUCUGUCCUACUGUCUUAGCAUUAAUUACCAAAUUGUUUUAAUUUUACUGUUUUGCUUUUAUAUUACAGUAACAUGUCAUAGAAAUUUAAGACUUGUGAAGGUAUUUUAUCAUAUUGCAGAUUAUUAGUCAGUGCCAAAAUUUCGCAGGAUGAUUCCUCUUCAUUUAAAUUUAUUAAGGCUUCAGAACUAAAGUUAUUUUAGCCCGCCCACUUAGCUCAGUAGGUAAGAGCGUUGGUCUACGGGUCGCGGGGUCGUGAGUUCGAUCUUCGGGUGGGGCAUAUGUUCUCCGUGACUAUUUGAUAAACGACAUUGUGUCUGAAAUCAUUAGUCCUCCACCUCUGAUUCAUGUGGGGAAGUUGGCAGUUACUUGCGGAGAACAGGUUUGUACUGGUACAGAAUCCAGGAACACUGGUUAGGUUAACUGCCCGCCGUUACAUGACUGAAAUACUGUUGAAAAACGGCGUUAAACCCAAAACAAACAAACAAACAAAUAAAGUUAUUUUAGUGUUCUACCCAAGACAUAUAAUUGUGUCCUCUCUAACUUACAACGUAUUUAAGUUGCUGGCAAGCGGGGCUGCCACAACCAGUCCAGAGUGUAAUCCCUAGGUCAGAUGUUUGUUCUCUGUGAUAUCAAACAGUAAACCUUACCUCUUCACACAUUCACUUUCUACUCCCUGUUUCAUAUAGAGAAUUUUUCAUUUACUUGUUAAGACAUGUUUAUCACUUGCAUCGAAUCAACAUUGUUUCAAGUCUGUGAAAUCUUAAAUAUAACUUGAAUAAUUUUUGGUGGAAAAUUGAAAUGAGCCGUGCCAUGAGAAAAUCAACAUAGUGGGUGUGCGACCAGCAUGGAUCCAGACCAGCCUGCGCAUCCGCGCAGUCUGGUCAGGCUCCAUGCUGUUCGCUUUUAAAGCCUGUUGGAAUUGGAGAAACUGUUAGCGAACAGCAUGGAGCCUGACCAGACUGAGCAGAUGCGCAGGCUGGUCUGGAUCCAUGCUGGUCGCACACCCACUAUGUUGAUUUUCUCAUGGCACGGCUCAAAUAAACCAACAAAAACUAAGAAACAGUUUAUGGCUUAUCCUCACACUGUUGAUGGAUUAUGAUCUGAAUAUUGACAAGCAUCUACUAACGUACUGUUCAGAUAACUCUUGACUUAUUUAUGGAUUUUUGUUAAUAGAUCAGCAACAUUUAACAGCUUCAUUGUAUCUUGUGAUUUUAUUAUGUUUUAAAAUGAUUAAACCUGCAAUCUAUUUUACAUUUGUUAAAACUUGCAGAAUAUUGAAUUGAUUUAUUCUGUAAAUGUCAAAAUGAAACAAUUAAAAUCGAAUCUUAUAUUCCCAAGGAAUGAGUGCAAAUAUAUUUAUUAUUCCCCCCCCCCCCCAAGAUAAAAAGUAUAUGGGGUUUUUAUUGGAGUUACACUUGUCUGUCAGUCCAUCUGAUGGUCAGUCUCCUUCUUUCCAUCCGUCCAUCCACUCCGUAUCUUUGAAAUCAGUGGGAAGAUUUUCAUAACAUUAACAUCAGUUGUUUACCUCACCCUAGGUGAUGGCAGAGCACACAACCCAGUCACUAGAUGCAAGGUCAAGGUCACACUUUGAUUUCAUAUGUCAGAUACCUUUGUGUCCAGCUAUCUCUUCUAAACUGCUGGGAAGAUUUUCGUAAAACUAAUAUUAGUUAUUUACCUCAUCAAGACAACAUACAGUGUGCGCAACCCAGGUCCUUUGGUCCGUGGUCAAAUGGCUUAAUUUUGUGUCCACUCCACAUCUUGUAAACCACCGGGAAGAUUUUCAUAGAACUAAUAUUAGUUGUUUACCUCAUCAAGACAACAAGCAGAGUACACAACUCGGAUCCCUAGGUCCAAGGUCAAUGUCACACUGAAAUGUCAAAAGUCAAAUAGCUUAACUUCAUGUUUGCUCCAUAUCUCUAAAAUGCUUAAAACAUUUUCAUGAAACAAGCAUCAGUUGUUCACCUCACCAUCAUGAUGUUCAGGGCCCAUGAUCCAGGUCAGUAAAUCCAAGGUCAAGGUCACAGUUUGAGGUUAAAGAUCAAAUGGCUUAAAUUCGUAUCCACAUAAUCUUCUGAAUCCUUUGAAUUAUUCUCUGAAAACUAGUUGUUAAAAACAGUUGUUAACCUCAUGAAGGUGACAUACAGAAUGCACAACUCUGGUUACUAGGUCAAGGUCACACUUAAAGGUCAAUGGUCAUGAUCACAGCAGUUCAGUUUACUUUUUGUUUAUCAAAACAGCAUCUGGGGUUAAUAAUCGCCUUUAGUGAUAGCUCUAAUUGAUUGUAAAUUGUGAUAGUUGUCAUGUUGUUAUUACUGUAAAGCCUACUCUGUGUUCUGUAUAGCUAAGUAAACAAUGAAUUUCUCUUUUAUCGAUGGACGAUGUAGUAAAUUCUGUGCCAAAAAAUAGAAAUUGUUCAAGUAGCAUGGCUUUUGAAGGUUAAACUUCCGAACACUCUUCCCUAUAUUUAUAUGUAAUAAAAUCUUAAAACAUG